AUUAUCCGCAUGAGAUUGGAUUGCGUUAUCUUGUUCAAAUGCUAAAUAGCCAGUUCACAAACGUAUCGCGAACUUAUUUAAACAUAAUGACAAUUACAGCGGUGGUUGACGGGGUAACAUUAUAAACAAAUGUGAUCAACUCUCAGUGCAGAAAACCAUCGAUGUCUUCAAGAUAGGCUUUUGUUUCUCUUGAUUUUGGAUUGAAACGUGACCCAAAUUUUAAUUUGUAAAUUGGACGCCGAAGCCCAGUCGCUAGUUUUCAGUAAUCUGCUCGGCUCUAGUAAUGGUUGGAGUAUGCAAUCUUUUGUUGACUUGACUUUACAUGAAGGUUGUUUUUAUUUUAUUUUCUUAUCAGCUAUAUUAAUAAAAAUGAACCCCGUUGCAGAGUCACCACCAUGCCUCUCCUCACCACCCUCUGAGUCAGUCUACUAGUCUUCUUUCAGCAUCAUGUGACCAGCGUGCCCCAAUCAGCUGGCUGGGUUGGUGUCACAUGACCCAGGCGUUGCCAGUCAUCAGGUCGCACCAGCCCAUUGGUUCCUGAGCAUGUCGUUGUCAGCAGCUCCUCCUCCUCCAACCUUAACACCCAAUCGUCAGCGGCCCACUUCACAUUCCUGACCAAUCAGCGUAUUACGUUCCCCAAUGUCUACACUACAAACCACCAGCAACAGCCUUCGGCUAACCAAUAAAAGCAGGAAAAAUCCACUACAUCCAGCCCCCAUCCGCAAGCCAGCUAAUCAGCUCGCAGCAUCUGGCCUGCACUUUCCCGCCAAUUCUGCUCCCCGGCCGCCAGCCGUCCUCCCCUUCGCCUUUUCUAGCUUGUUGAAAACCAAAAAGACUAAUCGCCCAGGAGGAGGAGCCUCAGUCGUAGUCGCAGCAGAUCUCUUUCCAGAGAGCGUCGGAGGGAGAGAUCGCUGUCUCGUGAAAGGAACCACAGGCUCUCGCGAUCUUUCUCCCGAUCAAGGAGUCGUUCCAGAUCAAAUGAACGGAAAUGAACUUCGGAGCUGUGAAACACGUCGUGAUGGAAACCUCGGCAUGUUGAAAAACCUUGAAAAGAUUAGUCCCCCGUAUAUUUUUUUUGUUUUUUUUUAUUAACAUUAUUUUAGCAGUUGUUUCCUUCUGUAGCUACGGUUGUGCGUGUUUGCAGUUUUAAUGCGAAGGCAUUCCAUCUCACACUUUUAAGACAUGUUUUGUUUUUUUAGUGUUGAAUGUGAUUGGUCCUGCUGUGCUGAGCUCGACCGUGUUUGUUUUCUGUCCGGUGUAAUGGCACUAUGACCACAGCAGGGGGUGGAAUGGAGAACACC